AUGAAAGAAUUUCAGUACUACAACCUAAUUAGACUGAUCAAGAGGAAGAUCUUGAUAAUGAACAGAUCAUUGGAGAAACUCUCACGUUGGGAUAAAAUUGGACUAACAAAUCAGCAACAAAAAUUCCAGAUUUUAAGAACUCACCUGGAAAGCCUUAGAGGAAUUCACUGCAGCAUUGUUAAUUUGAUUUGUGAUGUCCAGAGAGCAUUUGGACCUUAUCUUCUCGUGUCAGUCAUAGCAGCCUUUGGUGUUAUCACUGUCCAGCUUUAUUACAUCUUUGCCACAUCCAUUCAAGCCAUUAAUUUCAACAUACCAAUGAUGGCAAUCACUCUAAUUUGGACCUCAACUCAAGCCUUACUCAUUCUGGCCAAUGUGAUGGUUUGUAGUUCAACCAGGAACGCCUCUAAAGCCAUUGGAGGCGCUCUUCUGAGCAUCCGAGAAGCUGUGGAAUAUCCAGAAAUCUUCCACAUUGUCCAGCUUUUCUCCUUUCAACUUUGGCACAAAGAGGUCAAUUUCAGUGCAUGCGGCUUCUUCAAACUCGACUCCAAGUUAAUCACUUCGAUUGUGGCAGCCGUGACGACGUAUUUGGUGCUGAUGAUUCAAUUUCAUCUUUCCAACAGUGAAAAUGCAGCCAAUUUUCUCAAAUACAAUGUCAGUGUUAAUUAA